GGCUCCGCUCCGUGGCCAGCAGAUGCACCCCAACGGAAUCCAGCCGGGGGGCAUCCCCCGGCCUCCCCACCCCGGCCAGGGCCAGCACCCGGCACACGGACACGCGCCGCGGCCCCACCACCCCGGCAUGCCUUUCAUACGCCCGUCAAGCACCAGGCCAGGAGGCGCCGGCGGCGGCGGCAUGCCGAUCCCCCCUCCCCCGGUGGGCGCAGGCUGGCCCGGCAUGGCCGGCGGGGUUCCCGGCCCGCGCGUGCGGCCGGGGAUGGAGCCGCAGAUCGUGCAGGUCGAGCCGGGCAAGCCGCCCAAGAAGAGGGACAAGGGCGGCGCCCCGUCGUCGAUGCUUGGAUGGAUGGCCGGCAGCAAGCCCAAGGCCGCCGGAAAGAAGAAGAGCAAGCACUGAGCCGAGAAAAUGCGGCGAAAGACGUCCUGCGUCGAUGGCGAGACUGCUCCCGACUAGGAGAAGUCAAUUUCACCUGGCUUUCCGUUUGCGACGUAAUCCCGAUUGAUCGACCCUGUCCCCCUUUCUUUUGGUCGUCCCCCUUUCCCCCUUUGCUCGUUUUCGUUGCGGCGCGUUGCUCAAUUUUUUGGCUUUUUGAUACCUUGUCGCCUGUUUUUGGUCCGGUGUCUUUUCAUUUUCCGUUCUUGCGUUGGCCGGCUUGGAUAACCCAGCUCUUUUUUUGCUGGGCUUGGUUGGUGGUGUUGUUGCUCCGCGCUAUCUCUCUCUCUCUUCGCCGUCUGAACGGGGGGGGCGUAAUGAUGCAUUGGCAUACACUGGAGUAUGAGGCACGAGGCACGAGGCAUGAGGUACGAGGUACGAGGGAUGAGGCAUGAGGCAUGAGCGAUGGGAUAUGACGGUGAUGAUGGGUUGGAGUAUCCGCCAACAUGGAGAAUGUGCGUGGAUGGGGCGCUGCGGAUGGGGGGCGGGUUGGGCGGCUUGGUGUCGGGAGGCUGUCUCCGAGAUGAGAGCGUGAAGAUGCGGCGGCUUUUGCGUCCUCCGACGCAAAAUAGGUCGCCGCAAGGGUUGUGGGCGUGGUGGGGGGAAGCCAUCUUUUGCCUUUUUUCUUGGACUUUUAGAAGAAUCAUUUUUCUUUUACGUUGUUGCGAUGUUGCUGAUGUUGUUUGAGAUGCAUUGCUUGGGAUGUCUAUGGUCUCAGUUCUUGGCUUCUAUGCUCUACAUGCAGAUUCUCGCUUCUAGAAAAACCAAACAAAACAUGAAAAAUGUUAUACAC